GCAAACUGUUUGCAUGAACAGUCCCCGAAGAUCUGACGAAAUUGCUUCGUCAAUUCUCAUAUAUAUAUCCGGACGACUUGCCACCUGGCCUACCGCUAGAACGCCCUCAGGUCGGAUCGAACUCGAACCUGGCGCGCAACCAACUAUCCGGACACAGUGGCGGCUGACACAACCCGAGCUCCAGGAACUGCGGGACCAGCUGGACUACUUGCUGGCCAAGGGGUUCGUUCAACCGAGCACGUCCCCAUUUGCAGCCUCGAUCCUGUUCACCCCCAAGAAAGAUGGGGGCCUUCGAAUGUGCAUCGAUUAUCGCGCCCUGAAUAGGGUUACGAUAAAAUCUCGCUACCCAAUCCCGCGUGCGGACGAACUGAUCGACCAGCUGCGAGGCGCUUGCUAUUUCUCGAAGAUCGACAUCCGCGGCGGUUACCAUCAGAUUCGAGUCUUCGUCGACGACUGCCACAAGACCGCGUUUCGUACUCGCUACGGGAGUUACGAAUACACAGUCAUGCCGUUCGGGUUAACGAAUGCCCCCUCCACAUUCCAGCUGAAGAUGAACAGGGUAAUCUGGGAUCUACUCGAUAAAUGUGUGAUAAUUUAUCUGGACGAUAUCCUGAUUUACAGCACGACACGGGAACAGCACUUAAAGAACCUGGAAGGGGUUUUUCAGUGCCUGCAGCAGAAUUGUCUCAUCACCAAAGGCUCUAAGUGUGAGUUUUUAAAACCCGAACUGGAGUUUUUGGGGCACGUUAUUUCGACGGAGGCCGUGAAAAUUGACCCCCGCAAAAUACGGGCGAUUCAGGAUGGGAAGCCGACGACCAACCUCUAGGAGCUGCAAUCGUUCUUGGGGUUC